CUGAUAACAACAUAGAUCUUCCAAUCACCAUCCACGCAAUGAUUAAUACACCCAAAGAUCCUUUCAUCGCGACAGUGGCAACUGAUGACUCUCCAUGGGCAAGGAACAUCUCAGGGGUGUACAGAAACGUGGUGGCCACGGUGACCAAGUCUCCAUCAUGGAACCAAACUGUGGAUCAAUUCUUGCUGGACACUCAACGUAAAAUCGACUCGAUUCAGUUUGCAAAUGAGUAUAUGAUUGGAGUAAGCUAUGAAAUUGACGAAGAUGGAUGUAACAUAAGCACUGGGCUUUACAAUGGCUACGCCUAUCACAGCAUGCCACUAGCUCUCAACCUUGUCAACAAUGCCCUGCUGAGGUACCUUGCCGGAGACGAGUACUCCAUAUCGGUCAACAACCACCCUUUGCCGUCGUACGAUCGCCACAUGGAUAACGAUCUCAUGGAUGGCGAAGAUGACGUCAGUGGAAAUGAUUCAUGGAAGUGGUGGCCCCCUAUAAUCAAUUUGACCUACACGUGCAUUUUCCUGUGUGUUAUGUCAGCACUUCUUGGCUCCUUCGCCAUCAGCCCGGUUGAAGAACGCACCAACGAGACCAAGCUUCUGCUGUUCGUGUCAGGCUCCACGGGUAUGACGUACUGGUUGUCUAGGUGUUGCUGGGAUAUAACGAUCUAUUCGGUACCUGUCAUAUCGGUGAUUGGCUUGGUAUUAGCUGGACAGACAUGGCCCUUGUACAUAGCCGACAGACAACAAGAAACACUAAUCAUUCUGGUAGUGCUUUUCGGGUGGGCCACUUUACCAUUGACCUACUUGCUGUCGUUUAAAUUUGACACUGGUUUGACUGCCUCGAGGUACAUCAUGAUAAUGUUUACAACAAUAGGCGCCUAUUCUAUCGUCUUGAAAGUUUUGAUCCUCUACAUCGUUCCGUACCGACAACUACAAGUGGCGGAACUGGUGACGUCAUUUUCCUACCCGGAAAUAACAGAUUGGAUCUUCACAGUGUUGUUUCCUCCCUUCAACUUGGUCGGCGGGCUGUUGAACUUCUAUAUCAAUGAUUACAACUCUCGAUACUGCCUCCAUAGCAACACAACUAUGAGCCAAAUUCAGUGCAACCUAGGCAGCUGCGUCGAGUGGAAUAAAAACCAAACCGCCAUUCCCUUAGAAAACAGAACUUUAUACUUCUGCAUGCCACAUGUGAACAACACGCUGUCCUUCCAGAAUCCAGGCUUCGGAAGACACGCCCUCUUUCUCUUCAUCCAAGGUUUUGCCUUCCUCGUCAUUUUGAUCAUCGUUGAAACGCAUGUGCUCACCACGUGGUACAAGGUGCGUCAAACAAAAGGCUUUCGGACCUCUAUCUCAAGCGAGACGUUUCAAUACUCAUACGGAAGCACCAGUCGCUCUAAUAUGACCAAUACACUCAAAAGCGAACAAAGUAAAAUAAAGACUGCCCAGCCCUUUGAUAAGGGUCCAGUUCAAGUGUCAAUACGUAAGGGCGAAGCCAUUGGAAUACUUGGCCUUGAUGACCGCGGCAAAGAAACCCUGUUCAGGAUGCUCACGGGUGAUGUGCUGCCAUCUGACGGCACAUCAUUCCUGGAAGGUGUGACCUUUGACAGUUAUAAUGGAAAACAGGUCCGCCUCCAUGUUGGCUACUGCCCCAAAUCGUGCUCUCUGAUUGGUGAACUGACGUGUCGAGAGAUGCUGUGCCUGAUUGGUCGGUUGCGAGGAGUCACAGAAACUGAUCUGGAGCAUGUGAUUGAUGACGUCAUAGAAUGUUGCCUUCUCACCAGUCAGGCCAGUGACGUCAUAGAUAGUUGCAGUGCUGGGACAAAGCGAAAAUUAAGCACAGCAAUCGCGUUGAUUGGAAAACCAACCAUUAUAUUUCUGGAUGAGCCGACAACAAGUGUUGAUCCAUUGUGCAGGAGAAAGAUAUGGUCAGUUCUGCAAGAAAUACGUCGACAAGGUACAACGCUGGUGCUGACCACCAGCAGCACUGAAGAAAGUGAAAUGCAGUGCACUCGAGUGCCAAUAAUGAUAGACCAGCGCUUUGUCACUAUGGGCAGUCCACAGUCGCUUAAAAAUGUGUACGGGGACGGCGUUAACAUUGAAAUACGUCUGACAGAUGAAGAGGAGAUUGAUACCGAGGAUCUUAUUUCUUUCAUAACUUCGCGACUGCCUGGUGGACACGUGACCAAAGAAAACAACUUUAUUAUAAAUUUUAAAGUCUUAAACGAACAUAUCCGUUGGGGCCAACUCUUUCAAACACUUGAGGAGGCUAGGACCCGCUUUACGAUGGUAGAUUAUAGCAUCCAGCAGUGUACUUUGGAGGCCGCUUUUCUCCAUUUGUCGCGUUCCUUUGUUGCACCUACAAGCGUUGACCACAGCGAAGGAACACGUAGCUUUGUGUUAUAAAGUGUUUUUAUGGCAGACAUAUAAGAGCGUCUGCAUUAGAACAUUCUCUAACCAGUUACCUUUGGGUAUUAUAUUAAAAAAAUGUAAGUUCCGCGUUUUGUUUUCAUUAAAAGGAGCACACCU